AUGGCCCCGCGGCUCCUGCUGCUGCUGCUGGCCUUCCUCAGGCUGGGCACCACGGGGCCCUUGGUCCAGGGGCGGGGCUUUCGCUCGCCAACAGUUGCCUGGCCAUCCUUUUUCAACUUCAACCAGCCCCAGGGGGUUCAGGAAACCAUCCAGAUUCCAAACAAUGGCAGCGCGCCCCUGCUCGUGGAUGUGCAAGUGUUCGUGUCCAAUGUGUUUAAUGUGGACAUCUUGCGGUACACAGUGUCCUCCAUGCUGCUGCUUCGGCUGUCCUGGGUGGAUACUCGCCUGGCCUGGAAUGCGAGCCUGUACCCACAGCAUGCAGUCACACUGCCCUGGGACUCACUCUGGACUCCGGGACUCACUAUUCAGGAGGCGCUCUGGGUGGACUGGCAGGACCAGAGCCCGCGGGCCAGAGUGGGCCCUGAUGGCCACGUCGACCUGUAUUUGGCCCUCACCACGGAGACCAACUGUGACUUUGAGCUCCUCCACUUCCCCAGGGACCAGAGCGACUGCAACCUCAGCUUCUAUGCUCUCAGCAACACUGUGCUAGAGCUGGAGUUCCGGGCCCAUGCAGUGAACGAGAUUGUGAGUGUCAAGAGGGAAUAUGUAGUUUGGGGUCUGGAGACCCAAAUCCCUCCCCGGCAGCUGGUGCCCUGCUUCCAGGUGACGUUGCGCCUGCAGAACACAGCGCUGAAGGCCAUCAUAGCUCUGCUGGUACCUGGGGAGGCGCUGCUGUUAGCGGACAUGUGCGGGGGGCUGCUGCCCCUCCGGGCCACCGAGCGCAUUGCCUACAAGGUGACCCUGCUGCUAGGCUAUCUGGUCUUCCACUCCUCCCUGGUGCAGGCACUGCCCAGCUCCUCCUCCUGCAACCCGCUGCUCAUUUACUACUUCACCGUGCUACUGCUGCUGCUCUUCAUCAGCACCAUGGAGACCGUGCUGCUGGCUGCACUGCAGGCCCGGGGCCACCUCAGUGCCAGAAGCAGCCCCAUCCCAACCCCAAGAGGGGAGCAGCAAGAUCAUGGGGACCUGGGGCCGCAUCCUGAAGAAGCUCCCGGAGUGAAGGAGUCAAGGAGCUGGGCUGAGGCUGCCGACCACAUCUUCUUCCUGGUGUAUGUGGUGGGGGUAGUGUGUAGCCAAUUCUUCUUCAUUGGAUUCUGGAUGUGGGCGACAUGCAAGUCUGACCCAGCCCCUGGUGAGGCCAUACCCCAUGGUGGGCAGCCCAGGUUGUAA